AGGGGAGGAGCCAGAAUGGCCCUUGGGACCACUCAUUCCCUCAGACGGGCCCCACACCGUCGCCCCCACACAGUGGUCACGCCGGCCCGCUGCCCCGACCCGGAGGCCCCCGAGCCUGGCUCAGAGGAGGGAGUCCCUGACCAGAGGCCGGGACUUAUUUGGGAGGGCUCCGUCCCUGGAGAAGCCUCUCGAGUUAUUUUGAGGCUGGCUCCGCUCCCGGGCUCGGGCUCCUCCUUCCGCGCAGGGCCACCUGCCGCUGUCCAUCCCCCUCUGACGGCUCCAGAAUGCCAGCUGGCCGGCGGCCGGGGGGAGGGGUGGAGCCCGGACAUCAUAAAGCCAGGAACCCUCGGCCGCCGGGCUGGGCUGCGCCGCCUUGCUGAGAGCUCUCUCCCACCCGCGCCCCCGCGCCCUGCCCGCCGCCGCCAUGCCCACCCACAAGCUGGUGAUCGUCCGCCACGGCGAGAGCGCCUGGAACCAGGAGAACCGCUUCUGCGGCUGGUUCGACGCCGACCUGAGCGAGAAGGGCGUGGAGGAGGCCAAGCGGGGGGCCCAGGCCAUCAAGGAGGCCGGCCUGGAGUUCGACAUCUGCUACACGUCCGUGCUGAAGCGCGCCAUCCGCACCCUCUGGAUCAUCCUGGACGGCGUGGACCAGAUGUGGGUGCCCGUGGUGCGGACCUGGCGCCUCAACGAGCGCCACUACGGGGGCCUCACCGGGCUCAACAAGGCCGAGACGGCUGCCAAGCACGGCGAGGAGCAGGUCAAGAUCUGGAGGCGCUCCUUCGACGUCCCGCCGCCCCCCAUGGACGAGCAGCACCCCUACUACGCCGCCAUCAGCAAGGAGCGGCGCUACGCCAGCCUGAAGCCCGGGGAGAUGCCCACCUGCGAGAGCCUCAAGGACACCAUUGCCCGGGCUCUGCCCUUCUGGAACGAGCAGAUCGUUCCCCAGAUCAAGGCGGGGAAGAGGGUGCUCAUCGCUGCCCACGGCAACAGCUUGCGCGGUAUCGUCAAGCACCUGGAAGAUAGCAAAGAAACUGCUACAGAACAAAAAUUCCUGAAGGUUUCGAUGACGAGAUACACAGAGUGUGAAGAAAUGAGCACAACAGUUCAGGUCGAGAGUU